UCGAUGGCGACUUAACAGAUUUCUCUGUAUGGGUAUCAUCGACAUCACGGGUGUGGGGGGCGUGCUAGCUAAGGGGGCACUUUCGGGUGCUGUUUCUGUGUGUGCGCGUUCAAGACAGCAAGCUUACAUGCCACAAUGUAUGAGGCCUACACUGUGAUCCCAUUAAUCAAGAAGAUGCCAUUGAAGGUUGAGUCCGUAGCUGCGCACGGCGACAAGUUGUAUUUGGGCACGAAGGACGGCAACCUACUUGUUUACACCGUUGUUGAGAAAGAUAGCGCCGACGGUCCGAAGUUCUUUGUCAAUCUUGGCUUUUCAAACAAAGUUUUUGCCAAGAAGCCGAUCACCCAACUUUGCGUCAUUCCCGAGCUGAACUUGCUCAUCAGCUUGUCUGAUGGCUCCUUGAGUGUGCAUCAUCUCAGCCUCGAGCCUAACACGCCACCGAUUGACUGCCCAGCUUUGGCCAAGUGUAAGGGAUGCACAUUAUUUGCUGUCAACGUACAGGAGAAGACUACGCUUACGGGCGAAGUGAAAAUAACUCUCAUGUUGUGCGCGGCUGUUAAGCGUAAGCUUGAACUAUUCUACUGGAAAAACAAUACCUUCUGCGAGCACCCGCAAGGUUUGUGCGUCCCUGACACUCCGCGAUCUAUUGUGUGGUGUGGCGACGAAUCUCUUCUCGUUGGGUUUAGAUCCGAAUACAAUAUCCUACAGUUGUCUGGCGAUACGAAGCAACUUUUUCCUACGGGAAAGCAGCCGGAACCGUUCUGCGUGAAGCUGAAAGAAAAUAGCUUCGCUCUCAGUAGAGACGACCAGACUAUUUUCGUAAAUCGCGAUGGCCUGCCAACGCACAAAUACGCAGUCACCUGGUCAGAGGCACCGAUCUCUCUCUGUUAUGACUACCCGUACCUCUUAGGUGCACAGUCGUUCGGUGUAGAGGUGAGGACAGUGGAACCGCGUGCCCUAAUUCAGAAGGUGAAUUUUCCGAAGCCGAGACUUCUCCUGCCAUGCAAGAAGGGCCAGCUGUACAUUUUGGCAGACAGUGGUGCUGUGUGGUGCAUUCUGCGGACUCCCGUGCAGGACCAAAUUCCGCAAGUUCUCAAGGACAAGUGCUUUGAGCUGGCCUUGAAGCUAGCUGAUCUGUCAGACCAGAGUGAGGAGGAACGCAAUGCAAGCAAACGUCACAUCCAGAACUUGCAUGCUUUCGACCUUUUCUGCAAGAAGAAAUUCGAAGAGUCUCUGAACAUCUUUAUGGAUCUCGAGACAGAUCCGUCACAUGUCAUAGGCCUUUUCCCAGAUCUUUUGCCCGAGGACUAUCGUAAUUCCAUCUCAUACCCUGAUAAGGUGCCUGAUCUCAGAGAUGCUGAUCUAGAGGCUGGGCUUUAUGCGCUUGUUGACUACUUGGUUCAAGUCAGGUGCAAGCUGCUUUCAGACACCCAGCAUGAGCCUGCACUUACCGGCAUAGUGCAAGGAAGCAAAACUGUAAAAAGCAAGAAGCAACUUCUACAGAUUAUUGACACCACAAUGCUGAAGUGCUACCUUGAGACCAACGUGGCACUAGUAGCCUCAUUGCUACGUCUCCCAGACAACUUUUAUCAUCUGGAUGAAUGUGAACGUGCUCUCAAGAAGCAUCAAAAACUUAGCGAGUUGAUCAUACUGUACCAGCAAAAAAACCAACAUGAAAAGGCACUUGAUUUGCUCAUGAGAGAGGCACACAAGGCAGACUCCCCACUUAAAGGCCAUGAAAGGACUGUUGGCUACCUCCAGCACCUAGGUAGAAAGCACAUGGAGCUCAUACUGCGUUACUCAUUAUGGGUGCUUGAAGAGCAUCCGGAAGAAGGUCUCAAGAUUUUUGUUGAAGACCAGCAAGAGAAAGAAGGUGAAGCUUUACCCCGAGAUGUAGUGCUCGACUUCCUGUCCAAAAAGGCACCUUCCCUAGUUAUACCUUAUCUUCAACAUGUCAUCCACAAAUGGAAUGACCAGACUGAAAUGUUCCACAACACACUCAUUCACAAGUACAUCGAAUCUGUGCGGUCAUUGCUCUCUCAGCAGCAUUCCCCAUUUGUUCCUGGUGAGCCAGGUCCGGUGGCGGAACUGCGCAAAGAUUUGGUUCAUUUUUUGGAGACCUCUGACAGGUACACAGCUGAGAACUUCCCCACACACUUGUUGAGUGAUGGGCUUUUUGAAGAGGCAGCUGUAGUAAUGGGCAAGCUAGGACGGCACAGUGAAGCUCUUGAGGUCUACAUCUAUGUACUAAGCGACCCAUCCAAGGCAGAGCAGUAUUGCGCAUCACAGUACAACCGUAACCCCGAGCGCAAUCGGGAUGUAUUCCUGAUCCUGCUUCAAAUGUAUUUGCAACCUCCUGAUGAAGGCUCUAGGGUCCUGGAUCUGUGUAGACGUACUGCAGCCAACAUUGCAGGGCUGCCAUCCCCCCUGCCAAUUCCCAAAGGUUGCCGUGAACAAAACUUGAAAGGUGCACUGAAAAUCUUAAUAGAUCACGUGAAGGAAAUUGACCCAUUGCGUGCCCUCCAAAUGUUGCCUGGGGAUGUGCUAGUUGAAGAUGUUCGAAAUUUUCUCCGAGAGGUCUUGGAUAGAUGCACGAAAGAGUUGCAUGCUGCUGGUCUGCAGAGAUCACUGCUAUUUGCAGAGCACUUGCAGGUGAAAGAGCGUUGUGUGCGUGUCAAGUCACUAAAGAUAACACUGACGGAGCUUGAUGUGUGUUGUGUAUGUCAGAAGAGAAUAGGGAGCAGUGCCUUUGCCAGGUAUCCAGAUGGUGCAGUAGUUCAUUACUCUUGCAGGGAAGGCUAUGAGUCGAGGUUGGCAUCUUGAGGCAAUGCCUUGGUUAUUAAUCAUAGUUGCUCCUAAACCAAAUCUCCAGCAUGUGGCAGUGUCCUGUGCAUACAAUCUUUGUAGGUGGUUGAGCACUAGAAGGUGUUGUGGUGCUUGUGCAGACUUGUAAUGUGUGUAAAAGUGUGAGAGUGAAUGUUUCUGUGAUAUUUCAUGCCUUCUCUGUAACCUUGUGCAAAUGUGCCAGCGUGGGCCUUGCUACAUUUUUAUGCUAUAUGUAAAACUGAUGUAUCUGGGACUACAAGGUGCUCAAUGUGAACUGCUGUAAAGGCACCAAGGCUCCUGUAUGUAUUUUAGUUUAUAACUUAGUAAAACAACACAAGUUUGCAAUGGUUGGUUUUAUUUUGUGAACAGGGGGGUAGCCUGACUGAAAUGAAACUGAACCACCUUGUUGGCAAUAUGAAAGCAGACAUCUGUGCUCGCGCAUUGUCUGUCAUUUAUACUUAGGACUGACCUGAAAAUACUUUUUUCAGCCAGACUAAGCAGUAGUGCAAUAGUGAUCACACAGUGAAAAUAACUUUUAUUGCAGAGUAUCCUGCUAAUGCUUGUCAAGUCUUUGCAUGUUAGUGCAGACCACAGAACAAAGUUGUGCUCUGCAAGUGUGACUGACAUGGAAAUAUUAUGGACCUUGGCAUACGCAUCUGCUUCAUGUUGGUUUCAAAGCCUGAAAACAUCAAGCAGAUGUCGCUCACAGUCCAUGUGACGGCAAGUUAUUCUGACAUGAAAUGGUGUUUAGCGACUUCUUUAGCCUAUUUUUAAAAAUCAUGAAUGUCUUUUGUUAUAUGAAACAUUUACCAGGAGUCUUAUUAUGACUUUCUUCCCUUUGAUUCUAUUCAUUCAUUAUCACCAGGGGUGUGCAAAUAUUCGAAAAACAAAUUAAAUAUUUUGCCAACUGGCUGCAAUCAAGCAUAAAAUUGGAGCAAAUGUGUGACAAAUUUAAUCCUGGUGGCCAUAGUAGAUAUCAAACAUGAGAAGUCAUGUAGUGGAGCACGCUACGUUCCUUGGGGAGUUGGUCUUUCCUGGCUAAACCACCAUCAUGUGCACUAAUCAAUGAGUCUUGAGUAUGUGAAUAAACUGAAUAUUUGCACUCAAUCCUCCAUUUAUGCUUUUAAUAAACACUUCAUAAUGUGCAAUGUAAUAGAAGCUUGCUAACAUGAACAUACUAGUAUGUGAAUAUCAUUCUAUAUUAAUGGUGGUAAUGGCUGCUUAUUAUUCAAAAAGUAUUCGAUUCACUUUGCUUCGCUUCCAGCACUAUUGAUUCAUGUAUGAUUCGGUGUCGACAAUUACUGUUCUCAUACCCCUAAUUAUCACCCAUCACAGUGAGUGGCUGACACUGGUAAUAGUGGAGGCUUGGUGUCAUGCCAGCUAAUGACGAAGGGCAAAAAGAAUGGGAUAAUAAAAACAAUCAUUACAUAAUAUUGCCCAUUGCUUUGUGCUGCUGGCUUGAAAAGCCUGAUGGCCAUUAAAGUCCUGGUACAAAAUUUUGUUCAUGGUAAAAAUGACAUUUUUUAUUCAAUUCAUAUUUCCUCCACAGCUGAAUAUUCCUACGCACUAACCACCCAACCACAGUUACAGUCGCAGUAACUGAUAGUACUGCCAAUAGUACUGUCACUUUUGAAAAAAAAAAAAAAAAAAUGUUGCGGUGCAAUUUGGAUGCUCAAUACCCUCUUCAUAAUACCCUCUUCACAGCAGAUAGUGUGGUGUGGCAGUCCACUGAAGAAGCUUUAACAUUGCUGCUGUAAUAGCAAAUGCUUGCAUUGUACACACCAGCUUCUUAUGUGGAUGUCCCUGCUUAAUUAAUAAUGGGAAAUAGUGGAAAAGUAUGUGUGUGCCAAUAUUUGUGUCACCUUAAGCACCCAAUGAUCAUAGUUAAUCUGGACCCCUACAUCGUGGCAUCCCCCCAUGGUCUUUUGGUACAGUGUCUGGACAUAAAUGUGGCAAUUACUUGCUCAUAUAUAGGAAUGCCUAGUAGAGUCUUGAAGGUAGUGUCUUCUUGAAUGACAUUUGACUGAGUGUUGCCAUUUGAAACUAAAGUAGAGAACAUGAAAGAUUACAAGCAACAGUGGUUCUUAAUGCAACAUAGACUGCUCGGGCAUAAGUGGGAGCUUGCAUAGCACUUCUUUACUAAAAUUGGCAACUAGGCAGGGUUCUGUCAUGUCCCAAGUGCACUGCUCUCAUGUAGCUUUUACUAAAUGGAAAUCGUUGGCAGCCAUAGUUACGCAAUCUUGAUUAUGAACCAACUGCAGGUGCUGCAUGUUUUUUAUGGAUCAUAGAGAGUUGUAAAUACAAGUGUUCUAUUGCAUGAUCAAUCUUCUGCUGUGCAUUAAAGGAGACACUAAAGAAAAAGUAAGUUGAGCUGCGGUUAAUAAUUUACCGCUUCAGCAAUACCAAAAAAGCCACUCGAACCGUGACAAGAGGCUUGAUAAGGUGGAAACAAAAGACUAGUGGUGCAGCUGCCUUGAAGUUACCACAUCAAUGCACCGUGACCGUGUCUACUAGGGCUUAAUUUUUUUAUCGGUAAAAAUGGACUACAAUAUAUUCUAAAGGAGCUAGUGUACUGGGCAAAAACCUUUUCUGUGCCACAAUGACCCAAAUGCAAGAACGCACACUGAAAUCCGUAAUGUCAAACAUACUGGCACUAGUGUUUCGGCACAUCAUUCAUAAAAUGGAAGUUUUAGCUUUAUGAAUCAAUCUAUUACUGUAAAAUUAAUGAAGUUUUGAAAGAAUACUUUAUUAGUAUAAACCAAUUGAUUGUUUCUCUUGAGUGACCCUUUAAAGUGAAAAUCUAAACAUACUUUUUCCAUUAAAAUGUGUGCGAACUGCACAUUAUAAACCAUGCGUGCAGCUCCCCCUUUAUUCCGCACCAAGCUCACUUUGCAGGGUGACAAAGAAGAGUAGAGCAGGCACAUGUCAGCCUGGAUGAUGAAUGUAUUUCAUUACAUAAUCCUUUAGGUGCUACGUCAAUUGUAUUAACUACAUUUUAUCCAAGAAAAACCAUGUAAUGACGUAGCUGAAAACAGCUUUGCCUUAUACUGCAUGCUACACUUCAGGCUAGGAUUAACUUUAUUUCUUUCCCCUAGUUUGAUUAAUGAUCUGGGGAAAGAUUCUUGAUAAUUCAUUUGCCACAGCUAAAAGGAUUAAAUAAUCACCACCACCAAUUCAUUAAUGGUGACAUGAAACUUUUGAUGGGAAGUGCGCAAUAAGUGAAAUCAUAUGACUAGUUAUGUGUUAGCCUUGUGAACUCUGUUACAUCUGCAACCUGUCAAGUUUUCAGGACAACAGGCCAGUGACCAUACUAGACAUCAAGCUUAAGACUUAGAGAUUGACUCCAACCAAAUAUUCCAAGUCUUAAUCAAUUUUCCCAACCAGACAGGUAAUUCUGUCAAAAUGUUUAGCUUCUAGACAUCAAGCUGUGUGGUGGCACUUUGAUUACUGGCACAUACCUCAUCAAGUAGUAUAAAGGCGUAUAGAUCUGUAGGUGCCUCCAUAUGCAUACAUACAAAGUAUACUAGUGCUGGCAAGCAUAGCACAUCUUUGUAAGGUAUUUUGGAACAGAUAAUACACGGGUAAAUAUAGCUGCCACCUUAUAGGGUUGGGAAUCAAGUAUUUCUGUGCUGGUCAUUGCAAUGUCAAACUGACUAACUUGGCACACUUACUGGCAUGGAUGUUUUCCUUGCUAUUACAGACCAUCACUUUGUACAUAAAUGUUGCUGGUCCAAAAUAAAAGUUUGGUUUGCCUG